AUGCUACUUCUCGAGAGAAUUACGGACUUCGAGGUUUUGCGUUACGUUCUCAGCCACAACCAUUGUGCCUGGGGCGGCAAGCUAGGAGUGGAGGAGUACAUUGAGCGGGAGCGGCUGAAUUACACCCACCGGUUUUGCGAUCUUUGGAGGGACGACACGGUUGUCAACGGGACGUACUACUGGGUAUUUAGAGAUACAGCGCUUCCGAGCGAGAAGUUCGAGGAUAUUGUGUGUGCUUGCGAGUUUGUGGUGCGCGACUCGUACUACUUUGACAAAUCACUCUACGGGGGCAAAUGUGCGGCCAUUGGAUCCGUCUACACUCUGGAACAGCACAGAAAAAAGGGGUAUGCCACAAAAAUGAUGGAGCAGCUGGUCGAAAAGAUGAAAGAUCUGUUUCGGGGAGAGUAUGACUUCUCGUUCCUCUACAGCGAGGUGGGCGAGUACUAUUCUAGGUUCGGGUUCCAAAGCUACCACGUUCCUGUGGCUCUACUGGGGACUGGUAAAAAAACCGAAAUUCCAUAUUCCUACGUGACGGAGGAGAACUUGCCGAAAUUCAUCGACCAGUAUGACGCGAAAGUUCGCAGAAUGGUCCAGGCGUCGCCUGGAUCGGUGGCUGUGAAACCAUCGGUGGAAAACAUCGAAUGGUUCCAGAACAGAUCGAUCCAUCUGGCAAAACUCCAGAAAAGGGAAUUUAAUGGCAAUAGAUUUGGCAUACAUAUAGGGAGCGCUUUUGCACUGUGGUAUUACGAGUUUGGCGAGGAUCAGGUGACUCUGAUCAUGCUCGAUGCGGAGACGCCAGACCAGACACGCAAAUUGCUCGAGUGCUGCAUGGCGGAAUGCUCUGCAGUGAAAAAAAUCAAGAUAUGGCACGACGAGUUGGUGUAUCAUGCGGGAGAAAAAGACGAGGCAGCCCUGGAGCUGGUGACGGAGCUCGGAGGAAGCGUUGGACACAAAAAUGACUCGCUCUCGGCGCUGUGCAUGCUGCAUUCCUCUACCCAGCCAGCGUGGGUUGCCAAUGGAAAGUGGGCUUGGUAUUAG